AUGGCAGCCUCUCCGAAUCACCAAAGUGGACGCCGACAUGCGACUAUGACCAACCAUACGCCUUCCUUGCUCGAUCAGGAUGUCGAUGGCGCUUCUGUUGCAGUAUCCGACAAGGCAAUCCGACCUAGGCACCUGUUCGAUCUGCCUGUAGAGAUUCUCAACGCCAUCUUGAAAGAGGCAUGCCGUUCCACGACAGCAUUGGCGCAUACAUAUCGACUGACUUGUCGCAACAGNUUGAACCACACGAACGACCUGACUUCGCUUGCUCUCUGUCACUCGACACUCCAUACUCUGACCAUACCUCAUGUUUACAGUAGAUUUGACAUCGUCUGGCCUGAUAAUGCUACUAGUCCGGAGCCGCGAGCUGGUGUUGAUGCUCUUACUUAUGGUCUCUCUACCUUGGUCAUGGCCGAGGAGAUUUUUGGCAAUCGUCGUAGCCAGUCUAUGGAGCAGCGGGUAAGGAGACGUCGUGGAAACCACUUUGCUUCCUUUACCAAAAAGUUCUCGUUGGGCAAUGGUCCGCCAGAAUGGGUUCAAGACUACCUUAUCACUAAAGAGGGUGGUAGCGGUAAGAUGCUUGGUACUCUUGUCGCGCUAGCCAUCGCUAGAAUGCGAAGACUUGAGUCUUUCACAUGGGACAUGCCAACAGGUGUACUUAGUGCUGUGUGGGACGCUCUCUCAUCAUUAGCCGACCAUGAGGACGAUCAACCUUGUCGUUUGGAACGAGUUGCUGUUCGUUGGCACGACAACUAUGCCGAGCCUCAUAAUGCUUCUCUUCGUAUUCCACGCCAGGAAGGUGUCGCGCCUCCUCCUUUGAGUGCUUUGCAACAUGUUGAAAAUCCAUCAUUCUCCAUACUGCCUCCGCUCAAGAGCCUGAGUGUACUUGACAUUGAUGAAGUCCAGUAUCUCGACGAGUUGAGUGUCCUGAUCGACCGAUCAGUCGACAAGUUACGCGAGUUGCGUAUUGGAAUCGCGCAUCUCGCCAAAGGCAGAGAGUUUUGCUAUGUUUGGGAAGAUGACAAUGUUCAGCAGAUCGAUCGAGCCAAUCCAGUCAUGUCUUGCAUCACACUAGGUGAAAAGCGUCUCGGUGGUAUUCUUGGAAUCUUGACAGGCAUGAUCUUUGAUCUGCGAUUUAUUGAACCCCCACGACCAAAUCGACUGAGGCGAAGGUCUAUUGGCCCUUCGCAAGUAUCCGGAACUGUGAACAGCACAUCGGCUAUAUCUACUGUUACUGCUAGUAGUAAUUUCACGAGCUUUGAGAUGGGAACAGCAAUCGCGACCAAUACACCGUCAGAGGACAGCGCUGAUGAAGAGACGAUCACCAGUGUCGAGCACAUCCAAGCUGCGCCCAAGACCUCAACAACCAAUCCAGGGGCUCCUGGACAAUUGGGCACUACCGGUGAACUUCCGCAGACUACGCUGCCCUAUCGUAACAAGGAUCCUUCAAACACACAAGACAAGCAUUCUGCUGUCAAGAAAGACGACCAGCCAUCGGCAUUAUCGAGAAAGCUCUCGCUAGAUGUACUCGAGCUCGAAAAUAUACCCCUAUCGAUACCAGUCAUGCUGAACACCAUCGACUGGAGUGCCUUGACCACCCUCACUUUACUCCGAUGUUUCUAUCACGAACAUUUGUGGAAAGCUUUGCGCCGCCAAUUCUCGCCUGAUCCUUCUCCCCUCAAGCCAAAGUAUGACACUGGAGUGGUCGAUUCUACCUUGAGAUUUUCAGGCAGACCCUCAGGGUCAGAGAAGACAUUCAGGCUGAAUCUGAAGCACAUCUACACAGAUACAGUGUCGUCUUCCUUGAUCUCGUUCAUCAAAGAAACGCUUCGACCAAACAGUUUGGAAUCGGUGCUCUUCUUGCACAAUUCUAUAGCCUCGAGAAUCGUACCUCUGGACGCCAUCUUCAAUGGUGUUAUACGCAGGCACCGGAAUAGUUUGAGAAAACUGUUAAUUGACAGCGGCGACAGAAUGCAGGAGGACCUACCAGGAGCUAAUGUGAUCUGGCGACAGUGGAUGUUCAGUCGCGAGGUCAUUAAAUUCCUUGGUAAGAUGCCGUGUCUGAGGGAGCUGGGUGCCGCGCUGGACUAUCGUGACUGGCACUUCUUCUUACAGCACCUUCCAGCUCUGUCAAAGCUUCGCUCGCUCUACAUACCUUACAUUGUUAACUACAGCCAAGGAGGCCCAGGAAACCGUGCGGAUACCAGAGAACUAGCUCUCCAGGUUGUGGACGUUAUGGCCCUCCGCCCAAAACUAGAGAUCUGCUACAUCGGUAUCAUGAAGAAGUGUUUCGAGAUAUUCGAGCAAAACCAAGGUUCUCGAAACACGGAUCAUGGUGUAAUCGGGGUCGGUGAUGACUCUGGGAGUGAAGACGAAGACGAAGACGACGACGAAGACGACGACGACGACGAUGAGGCAUCAGCUGAUGAAGACGAUGAUGAUGUCGAUGACAGUGAUGACACGGCCUCUGAUACAACCGACAAUUACGAGGACAGCGAACUCGACUCCUCCGAACACGAGAAUGACUCGCCGACACUGAGACUGCGGGAGAUCCUCUAUUACGACGACAAGGUGUCUGUAUUCAAGGCCAGGCACGGAAGACUAUAA